GAAAGAACAAAGAUUGUUGGUCGAAGCAGACAAAGGACAAUAACGCAAGCACUGGCAGAUGGAAUUGUAGUUUUUUGUCCUUAGAGUCUUCACGUGAAAGUUUGGUAUGAGUGAGUACGUGAAUUUGUUAAUUCACCAUGGUGGAAAGUGGGACAGUCCAAAAGAAAAGAAAAAGUAUGUGGGAGGCCAUGUUUUGAAAAAAGAUAAAGUUGACAUUGACUAUGUGAGCAAGUUCGAAUUGGAGGGAUAUGCAGCAGAUUUGGGUUAUACAAAUGGGGUAAAAAUGUGGUUUAGAAGAUUCUCAAUUAGGGAGUUGUGUGGACCAGUCAACUUGCAAGAGAUAGUGUGUGAUAAAGAUGUUCAAGACAUGUUGGUGUGUAACAUAAUGGACCCACACAUUGAGUUGUAUUUUGUUGCAAACACAAGUAAAAAACGGGUGGUU